CCUAGCCCGCGGGGAAGGAGGAGGCAGUAGUGAGAGGUUCUGAAGCCCGCUAGAGAGGAGCGGACAGCUGGUUGGCGCUCGGACCACGCCGCGGCAGCAGGUCCCUCCACGUGCUUUCGGCGGCGCCAUGGAACUGGAGGAGUCGGGGAUCCGUGAGGAAUGUGGCGUGUUCGGAUGCAUCGCUUCUGGAGAGUGGCCCACGCAGCUAGAUGUGCCACAUGUGAUCACUCUGGGACUCGUGGGGCUGCAGCACCGGGGUCAGGAGAGUGCUGGUAUUGUGACCAGUGAUGGGAGUUCAGUGCCUACAUUCAAGGUGCAUAAGGGAAUGGGUCUUGUAAAUCAUGUUUUUACUGAAGACAAUUUGAAGAAAUUAUACGUCUCGAAUCUUGGAAUCGGUCAUACGCGCUAUGCCACGACGGGAAAGUGCGAGCUGGAAAAUUGUCAGCCAUUUGUUGUGGAAACUCUUCACGGGAAAAUAGCCGUGGCACAUAAUGGGGAACUGGUAAAUGCAGCUCGGUUAAGGAAAAAGCUUCUGCGCCAUGGUAUUGGGCUUUCCACAUCCUCUGAUAGUGAAAUGAUUACUCAGUUACUCGCGUAUACCCCGCCUCAGGAACGAGACGAUACCCCAGACUGGGUAGCAAGAAUCAAGAACUUAAUGAAGGAAGCGCCCACGGCGUACUCUCUGCUUAUAAUGCACAGGGAUGUCAUUUAUGCAGUGAGGGAUCCGUACGGAAAUCGCCCUCUGUGCAUUGGUCGUCUUAUUCCAGUUUCUGAUAUAAAUGACAAAGAGAAAAAGUCUUCAGAAACUGAAGGAUGGGUGGUGUCUUCAGAAUCUUGCAGCUUUUUAUCUAUUGGUGCAAGAUAUUGCCAAGAGGUCAAGCCUGGAGAAAUUGUACAAAUAUCCAGAGAUGGUAUCAAAACUCUUGAUAUAAUUCCAAGGUCUGAAGGAGACCCAGUGGCUUUUUGUAUCUUUGAAUAUGUUUAUUUUGCAAGACCAGAUAGUAUAUUUGAAGACCAAAUGGUCUAUACAGUAAGGUACCGCUGUGGCCAGCAGCUGGCGAUCGAAGCGCCCGUGGAGGCAGACUUGGUGAGCACGGUUCCAGAAUCAGCUACGCCUGCAGCUCUUGGCUACGCAGCAAAGUGUGGACUGCCAUAUGUGGAGGUGCUGUGUAAAAACCGAUAUGUAGGAAGAACCUUCAUUCAGCCAAACAUGAGGUUAAGACAACUUGGUGUUGCAAAAAAAUUUGGCGUGUUGUCUGACAACUUUAUAGGCAAAAGAAUUGUUCUCAUUGACGAUUCAAUUGUGAGAGGCAAUACUAUCUCACCCAUCAUAAAACUCCUCAAAGAAUCCGGGGCAAAAGAGGUGCACAUUCGAGUUGCUUCACCACCAAUAAAAUACCCUUGCUUCAUGGGAAUCAACAUACCCACAAAGGAAGAGCUGAUAGCCAACAAGCCAGAAUUUGAACGUCUUGCAGAAUACCUCGGAGCCAACAGUGUUAUAUACCUGUCAGUGGAAGGACUGGUUUCAUCUGUGCAACAAGAGAUAAAAUGCAAAAAGCAGAAAGUGAAAAAACAUGACAUUACAAUUCAAGCAAAUGGAAAUGGUCUGGAAUGUUUUGAGAAGACGGGACACUGUACGGCUUGCCUCACUGGGCAGUACCCCGUGGACCUGGAAUGGUAGCUGCCUGGACUGAGUUCCUUGAGACUGAAAGUGAUGGAGAAGUGGUUUACAUACUAUCUGUUACUCAAUUGUUACAAUGUAAGUAGAUGCCACAUGCUUAUGUAUUGUACCUUCAUAAGCUGUGAGGAUUUCUGAGGUUACUAAAUUGCUAUAAUUUUAAACCAUGAUGAUUACAUGUAAUACAACAUGUAGGGAUUCUUUUUAUACAAGAAUUGGCUUUUCACCUAGGAGAAGGCGGGAGGUUUCCUGGUAUUUCCCAGACCCGUGCUUGAAGGGUUUUUAAGAGGUUAGGUUAGAUUAAGGAUCUGUAAUGCACACAGGACAUGGGCCUUUAUGUUUCAUGAAAAAUUUCAAUUCAUUGUGCUCCAUAGGGAUCUAAUCUGUACAGUCAAACCUGUAGUUAUGGCCUAGCUCUUAGAUUCCCCUCCAACCCCAACAUACACACACACACACACACACA